AUGGCUCAUCACCUCCGCAACCUGCUCACCGCCUCGCCGAGUAGCGCGGAGGACGACGGGCUGUCCAAGAGCACGGAGCACGGCUUGGAGAUCAAGGGCACGAAGGACGGCAGAAACACCAAGGGCGCGACGGACGGCGGGGAGACCAAGAGCAAGAAGGGCGGCGAAGGCACCAAGACGGCCGACAAAAAGUCUUCGCCUGGCGGCCGUUUCCACCCGCCCUCGCUGGACGACACGCGCAUGAAGCAAGGACAAGAUGAAGAAGAAGAGCCAGCUGAGGGGCCCGCAGCAGUAGCCGGCCUCGCCAAGCAGCACCAGCAGCAGCAGCAGUGCCAGCACCAGCACCAGCAGCGCGGCGACUGCGCGCCAACGGCUGCGAGUUUUCGAACCCUGGGGUGGCGAGGGGUACGCUCGCUGCUGUCAAGUUGGGGAGGCGGGGGACGUGGCAUACCGCUUCUACUGGUGGUGCCACCGCCGCUGCCACCACCGCUGCGCGGUGAAGCGACGCUUUCUACUGGCGUGACGGUGCGUAGUGCUGUAGUGCACAAGUAGCCAUUGCAUUUAUUGAUUUAAUAAUGAAUAUAUUGUUAUAGAUUUUAAAUACC